GAGCGGCGGCGGCCGAGGUCGCGCGGGUGGCGGGCGGCGGUCAGGUCACGGCGAUCAGGUCACGGGUGGAGCGACUGGGGGCGCAAAUCAGACAGGAGACGGCCGCUCCGGAACGAUCAACAGCCCGCACCGACAGCCGUCCGGAACGAUGGUCUGAGCACGCUGCACUCGUCAACUGAAUCUCGGCACUACCAAAUCACCAGCUCUCUUCCUGUGCCCAGUUUCGGUAGCACAUACACCGAGACCACUGAGCGCCUGCCGACCUCAGGCCACCCGCUGCGCCGCGGGACCGGGUACAGACGGCGGCCGGAGGAAGGGCUCGGAUCACAGACCGGUCCGGCCGAGCCAUGAACGUGUGCACCACGAGCAAACAGGAGCUGCUCGGCUGGCCGGAGGAGGGCUACAACCUCUGCCCGGGCUACAUGCCCGCCACCGUGAUCGUCAUCACCACGCUCUACUGCUUGACGUUCGUCGCCAGCGUGCUCUCCAAUGGGUUCCUCAUCUUCGCGCUGUCGCAGACGUCGCGCAGCCUGCAGUGCCGCAACUACAUCGUGGUGUCGCAGUGCGUCAGCGACCUGCUGGUGACGCUGCUCUGCAUGCCGGACACGAUGGUGUCCCGGCUGACGGCCAGCUGGCACCUGGGCGAGGCCUGGUGCCGCGCCAGUCCGCUGCUGCACGUCCUCGCCGUGGCCGCCAGCACCUACUCGCUGAUGAUGCUGUCGCUGGACCGCUGUCUGGCCAUGAAGAGCCCCAAGAUGUUCAACCAGGGCGAGCGGAGCCGGGUGGCGGUGCGGAUGACGGUGGCCGUGUGGGUGGCCGCCGCCGCCGUGGCCUCUCCGCUGGUGUUCGCCUUCCAGCUGGUGCCGGCCGGCGGCGGCGGGGCGGCCGAGGUGUGCGCCGAGCGAUGGCCGUGGCCGCUGGCCGGCCGUCUCUACCGCGCCGCGCUCCUCCUGCUCGUCAUCGUGGCUCCGUGCGGUGUGGUCGCCGUCUGCCACACACUCGUCAGCCGCAACCUGCGCACGGCCAACUCUCUGGCGACCGGCGAGCGGCGGCCCACCGGCGGCGCGCAGAACAGCGUCAUCAUCAUGUCGCGCAACGCGCACGCCGGCCUCACGCCCAAGGUGGUGCAGCGCGACGACAGCGACGACGCCAGUCUGGAGCUGGUGCGGCUGCGGACGGACGGCAGCGGCGGCGGCCGGCGCAGCGGGCGCGCGCGCCUCGGCGGCCGCCGCUCGCCCGGGGAGCGGCCCCCGCGCUGCCGGCCGCCGCUGCUGCGCUCCACCAGCAGCUACUCGCUGAAGACGCGCCAGCAGCUGGCCAACACGCUGGUGGUGCUGGUCGUGGUGUUCGCCGCCUGCUGGCUGCCGUUCACGCUGGCCGGCCUGGCGCACCUGGCCUACGCCAGUCGGCCGACGGCGCUGGUGAUGCCGUUUGCGCUGCUGCUUGGCCACGCUCACUCGGCCGUCAACCCGGUGGUGUACUCGCUGGUGCACCGCGCCUCGCUGACGCAGGUGCAGCGCAGUCUGCGCGUGCCGCGUCUGCGGGCGGCCGGCAGCCGGUGGCGCGCGGCGCUGACACUGCUGCGCCGGCCGGCAGCGCGCCGCUGCGAGAGCCCCGUCAGCUCCACCAACCUCGGCAACCUGGGACCGUUUCACCCGCGCUACCUGCCCGCGCGGAACCUGCUCAAUGUCGACCCGGCCAUCGAGGAGCGGCGCACCAGCCAGUUCUUUCACUAGCGUGCCCCGCGCGCCGUGACGCACCGCACGCUGCUACCUGAGCUUUGGCAGAUCUCAUGCCGCAAAUGUGUUCAACCGGAAUACAAACCGAAUCACCGGCGACAAAUGCGUCUCAUGUUUGUUGAUGCACGUGUGAGCUUAAAUAUACCUGCUCUUUUUA